AUGGUUGAACUAUCAGAUUAUCAAAGACAAGAGAAAGUGGGUGAGGGGACUUAUGGUGUGGUGUAUAAGGCACUUGACACCAAACAUAACAACAGAGUUGUUGCGUUGAAAAAGAUCAGGCUCGAGUCUGAAGACGAAGGUGUCCCCUCAACAGCGAUCCGCGAGAUCUCUCUACUCAAGGAAAUGGAAAAUGACAACAUUGUCCGUCUUUACGAUAUCAUCCAUAGCGACUCGCAUAAACUCUACCUUGUGUUUGAAUUCUUGGACUUGGACUUGAAGAAAUACAUGGAAUCCAUCCCACAACAGCUGCAGACCGGGUUAGAGCCCGAGAUGGUCAAGAGAUUUAUGUGCCAAUUGAUUAGAGGUAUCAAGCACUGUCAUAGUAAACGAGUCUUGCAUCGUGACUUGAAGCCACAGAAUUUGCUUAUUGAUAAAGAAGGUAAUUUGAAACUAGCCGACUUUGGCUUGGCACGAGCAUUUGGAGUACCGUUGAGAGCAUAUACUCACGAAGUUGUUACCUUGUGGUACCGAGCACCCGAGAUUCUUCUUGGUGGGAAACAAUACUCUACAGGUGUCGAUAUAUGGUCGAUUGGAUGUAUAUUUGCUGAAAUGUGUAAUCGAAAACCUUUAUUUCCAGGUGACUCGGAAAUCGAUGAGAUUUUUAGAAUCUUUAGAAUCUUGGGAACACCAAACGAAGAGACAUGGCCAGAUGUUGCAUACUUGCCUGAUUUCAAACCAGGGUUCCCCAAAUGGAAAAAGAAGGAUUUGGCUGAGUUUGUGCCCACUUUAGACUCCCGCGGUGUGGACUUGUUGGAACAAAUGCUUGUAUAUGAUCCAAGUAAACGAAUUAGUGCAAAGAGAGCAUUGGUGCAUCCAUAUUUUACAGAGUCAGAUGAUACCGAUGUGAAUAAUACGGUAUUGAGAAGUAACAUUCUCAAUGUUAACAAUAAUGGCAACAGCAGUGGCAGUGGUAAUAACAGUGGCAAUGGCAGUGGUAAUGGUGGUACGAGUAAUGGAGAUGGCAAUUUUUCAGUCAACAUGGGAUAG